GCUGCGCCGGCGGGCGGGGCGCGGCAAGUGUAUCCGAGCGCGCAGGCCCCAGCGCGCGGCUGCGGCUGCCGGAGCCCCGCUCGUCGCGGGGAGGAAGGAUGCGGGCCGGGAACUUUCCGCCCGCCCUGGAAGUCCGAGCGGUCGCGCGCGCAGGGGCUGCCCCCGGCCGCUGGGACAGCGGCGAGCGCGGGUGCCCGCCGCCCCUCCCCCACUUCCGCCUGCUGCCUCUUCCUCGUUCCCGGCUCCCAGGGCCUGUGCGUCCCGGGGGACACCCGGCGGCGCGGCCCCACCCUGGCCGGCGCGCAUCGCUCCCACGCCCCCGCCGCCGUCUCGCCGGGGAGCACGGGCUGAGUCCGCGGGGGCCCCGGGCGCUGCAGGAGCUGACAUGGACCCAAAUCCUCGGGCAGCCCUGGAGCGCCAGCAGCUCCGCCUUCGGGAGCGUCAGAAAUUCUUUGAGGACAUUUUGCAGCCAGAGACAGAGUUUGUCUUCCCGCUCUCCCAUCUGCAUCUUGAGUCGCAGAGACCCCCCAUAGGUAGUAUCUCAUCCAUGGAAGUGAACGUGGACACACUGGAGCAAGUGGAAUUUAUUGACCUUGGGGAUCAGGAUGGAGCAGACGUGUUCUUGCCUUGCGAAGAUCCUCCGCCCACCCCCCAGACGUCUGGAGUGGACGACCAUCCAGAGGAGCUGGGCUUGCCACUGCCCACGCCAGACAGGACUGCAUCCCGCACCUCCUCCUCAUCUUCUGACCCCUCCACCAACCCACACAGUCCAAAUCCCAGCGACGGCGGAGCAGACACGCCCUUGGCACAGUCUGAUGAGGAGGGGGAUGGGGCUGACGGAGAGGCAGAGCCGGGAGCCUGUAGCUAGCAGUGGGCCCCUACCCACAGACUGACUGAGCUGUCUGUUCCCCACGUGAGACCGUAGGCCCAACCAGACCUUUUGGAGAAGAGCAGACUCCUCGCAGUAGGCGCCAGAGGCAGGACAGGAUGGUUGGAUGUUGUACUUCUCUGGGAAUUAACCCCCUUCUGCUUAACUGCUAACCUUUCCUUGCUGCCACACUCCCACCAGUUUUUGGCUUACUCCCAAGGUAGGGCAUACAAGUGAGGAGAUGGAAGAUGAGGCAGGACAAGAUGCCACUGCUUUUCUUAGCGCUCCUCCCUCCCCCAGACCAUCCUGCAGCCUUCUGAUAGAGUCUCCUAAAGCAGUGUCUGUGAGUGGAUGUGAACUCCUUAGCACUCCCAGUGCGAUGGUGCUCCAGCCAUCUUGCUUCCUUGCAUCCUUUUUUUGGAAAAGGGCGUGGUAGAAAUAAUAAAUAAUAAUAUACCAACCAUUCCACUUCAUCUUUCACAUUUAAAGAUAUCAAACCCCCUAUAUUUCUUUCAUUCUCUAACCAACACCAUGUCCCCAUCACGCGUGAACUCCGUUUACUGAAGAAAUAUUUAUUGAAUACUUGUGGUGGGCAUUUGGAAAAACAGUUUUGAACAAGACAGGCUGCAUCCCUGCCUUCGUGAAACUUACUGUCUCUGAAGUAGAAAACCAAGUAAAUAUCGUGAUUCACAGGGAUAGUAAGUAGCAUGAUGCAGAACUACUUUGGCAUCUGAAAACGGGUAUGUCACCUAGUUUCUGUAGUCAUUGAAGAGCUGAUUUUUAAGCUGAGCUCCAAAGGAUGAGUAGGAAUUACCCCCAGUGAGGGCUGUAAUCCAGGCCAAAGAGCAGCCUCAGAAGAUUUUGAAUGGAGAGAAAUGCCCCUGAGAAACAUUCAGCUUGGCUGAAUUGUUGAAUUUGAGGAGGAGAUGAAGGGAGAGGUAAGAGUGGCAAAGGUCAAGUCAGGAAGUGCUUUGAACCAUGCAUCAAGUUUCAAUUUGACUACUAGUAAAAUAUCAGUGACUUAAGAGACAAAUUUAUUUUGUCAUAUGAAAGAACUCCCAAGUACAGGGCUAUCUGGCCACUCCCUGGUUGUUGGGCACAGGGUCCUUUUCGGCUCUUUUUGCGGAGCCAUCCCAAGCACAUGGCUCAAAUCCUCAUGGAUAAUCUCACGUCUAAGAUGGCUGCUGAAGCCCCAGUCGUCACGUCCCUGGAGACAGCAGGAGGAGAAAGUGGGUGGGCGAAGCACAGCCAGCUGUCUCUUCCCACUUCAAGAAGCAUAUUUGGAAGUUCUAACAAAGAGCGUCCACUUUCAUCUCAUUGGCCAGAACCUGCUAACAUGAGAAAUUUUUCCUUUACAGGUGUUUUAUAGAUACAGGGACCCCGCAUUAUCUAGAAGAAAGGCAAUUCUGGCCUUUGGAACAACAAUAUCCCUUUCAAGUCACUGACUUACCAAUGCAUCUGAUUUCUGUACUAUCUUUUAAAUUGAGAGCAGCACCCUGGCUACUGGGGAGGCUGGGGUGGUCCUUCCGUAGGGCACGCUGCUGCCUUGGUAACAUCAGGGUUCUGUUUCUAAGGAAUAAGAGGACAGUAGUUGUUGAAUAAGUAACUAGCAAUUUACAUGUUAGAGAUCACAUUAAUGAAUUUGAACUUUAUUAGUAGUAAUGAAGGAUUACAAACAGUUGCAUUUGCUUGUUAAAAUAAUUCUGACAGCAGUAUAGAGACUAUACUGGAGGAGGACAGACUCAAGACAGACAUGACAUGACACAAUAAUCCAUGCAAGAGAGAACAGCGGCCCAGAUACUGGUGGUGAUGAGCUUAACUGGGUUGAAGGAGGCUAUGAACAAAUAAAUGACAGUCAUUCGAUGAA